GAUUGCUUGCCCCCCAUCCUCGCUUCGCGAACCUCGCACGCGUCGCAAUGGCUCCGCGUUCCUUCGCUAGCAAGCGGCAGAAGCAAGACCGAGCGGCGAGGGCGGCGGACGACGCGGUGAAAGCGAAGGAGCUCGAGAGCAUUCUGUUCGGCAAGUCAAGCGAUUACGUGGCAGACCUCGGAAAUGAGCUGGCAGCGGGAGUCUUGGAAAGAGAAUCCGCAGAAAACGCGGAGGACCUCCCGCCGAGCAGCGAGGACUUAAUCACCGGGCAUUUCGGCGAGGAACCUGGGGGAGAAACCCGGGACGCGGAGGGUUUAGCGGGGGGCGAGGUCUUGCUAGGGUUUAUCGACCGUAAGAAGCAGAAAGUGGAAGAGGACGGCGGACGGAAGGGUUUAAAGGGGAAGAAGCGCAAAGGGAAGGGUUUAGAGGAGGCUGAAGGGGAGAAGCCCGCGUGGGUGGAUGAGGAGGACGAGACGCUGGUUGUGACUAUAACGGGGCAGAAUAGGCUGAGGAAACUGCGGAAGGAGGAGGACGAGGUGGCUGUAUCGGGGGUGGAGUACCAGCAGCGGCUGCGCGCGCAACACGCUAGGCUGAACCCUGGAACGCGGUGGGCCAAGGUAGGGCUGGGGACGCAGCGGAAGGAGAAAAAGGAGAAGGCGGAGAGGAAAACAGAGGAGGAUGGGUCGAAAUUGAUUACGAGGAAAGAGAAGCGGGCCGAUGUUGUUAAAGAGAAACGCUUUAACGAGGACGAGGAGAGCGAGGAGGAGGAGGAGGGGGAUGCAGGGGAGCUAUCCGAGGGGGAAGUGGAGGCGGUGUUCAGCGACCUAGAGCAGGAGCGGGCUGCCAUGGGGGAGGACGAGGACGAGGAGGCUAGCGAGGGAGAUGAGGAUCAGGAUGGAUUUGAUGCGGAUGAGAUCCUGCGCAACAUGCCGAUGCUUGCCGACCAGAGCAAGGACCGAGCCAGCCAGCGCACCACCCACCGCCUGCCGCCCGGCCGCAUCCGAAUCUCCCGCAUGCGCGACGCCAACUGGCAGGCUCCCACUGGCGCCAGCGCCGUCACCCCAUUGGCUCCCUCCCGUGCGAUCCAGUCGCUGAGCUGGCACCCGAACGGGCAGCUGCUGCUGUGCGGGAACAUGGAUGGACGGGUGAGAUUCGUCCACAUCGACGGUGAGGAGAACCCCGAGCUACAGUCCAUCUACUUUGAGAACGUGCUCGUCCGAACAGCCGCUUUCACUGCGGACGGCACCCAGGUGGUGGUGGCGGGGCGCAACGGCCGUAACGCCAACCGCGGUUACGCAACGGGCGAGGCGUUCAACGGGUACCACGUGUAUGACAUCGCGGCGGGGAGGGUGGCCCGCGUGGAUGGGAUCAUCGGGCGGCCCAAGCGCGACCCCCCUCUCACCCGCUUCUCCCUCUCCCCCGACGGCACCACGGCCGCGUUCCUGUCUCGCGACGGGUUCAUAGUGCUGGUCUCCCUGAAAUCCCGGCAGUGGAUGGGCAAUCUGAAGCUCAACGGAUCGGUUUCAUCCGUCGCCUUCGCUCCUCCCGUAACGUCAGAUGCUGCUGCUGGUGCUGGUGGCCCGAGUGGGCAGUCUACUACCGGGGAGCACCAGAUGCUAGCCACGGGGAGCGAUGGGGAGAUCUACCACUUUGACCUGCGCACGAUGCGCUGCAUCCACAGGGGCGCCGACGAAGGCUGUGUCAACGGCACGGCCAUCGCAGCGUCAUCAGACGGCCGCCACUUUGCAGCGGGGUCGGACUCCGGAGUCGUGAAUCUGUACGACCGCCCGGCUUUCCUCCGCAGUGGGCCGUUCGGAGGCAGCAGCAUCACAUCACCAUCAGCAGCAGGAGCAAGCCGGAGCCGGGAAUCCGAGAAGCCGCUGCAGCGGGCGUUCAUGAAUUUGACCACAGAGGUGGACGCCGUCUCCUUCAACCACGACGGGCGCAUCCUCGCGCUGUCGUCGCGCGAGCAGCGCGACUCGCUGCGCCUGGUGCACGUGCCGUCGCGCUCCGUGUUCUUCAACUGGCCCACCGAGCGCACCGCCCUGCAGUUCGUGCACGCGGCGGAGUUCAGCCCGCAUAGUGGGUACCUGGCUGUGGGGAACAGGCGGGGGAAGGUGCUGCUGUUCAGGCUGAGGCAUUAUGAGAGGGCUUAGAGCCAUGGGAGAGGGCAGGGGUUUUCUCAUAAGGUUGGAGGCGUCUGGAUACAUGGCUGGGGCUGUCCCUGGAGCUUCUUGAUUGUGAGGAUGGGAAUGGGGCUAGAAUGGGAAUGGUCUCACUAGGCACCUUGUGUUACCGGAAUGUUUUAGCUUAGAUAUUAUCGUGUUUACAAAUGUCACAAACAACUGGUUGCUAUAAGCACCAGUUACAUCAACCAUU